AUGCUGUCGCCAAAAUUCAAACUAUACAAUGCUAAUGACCAGCAAAGUGGUAAAUUAGCAAGGCUGAUGUUCAAAAUGGCAAAUGUCCCGUAUGAAGAUAUCAGUAUUAAUCGGAAAGAACAAUGGGAUUUCAUUAGAAAUGAGACUCCACUUGGGAUACUGCCAGUACUGGAAAUAGAUGAUGUCAAACUAAGUGGGCAGACUGCUAUUUGUCGUCAUUUAGCUUGGAGGUUCGGGCUGUCCGGACAAAAUGCGACAUCAGAUGCAUUGCUCGAUAUGUUUGCCGAUUUGCUUCUUGAAGCUCAGAUUUCAGUUUUCGGACCAACGGAUGAUGAUAACGACAGCAGUGCUAAUGUUACAAUACCUGAUGAUAUAAAACUUGGGAAAGUUUGCAAUCGUGUCGCAUCCAUUAUUGAGAAACAACUAACCAAAAACAACACUUCUUAUCUGAUUGGAGAAGAGAUUACAUGGGUUGACUUGAUGAUUUACAUAUUUUUCAAUUCUUUGUUGGAUCAUGGGAAGAAUGCAAGUCUCGACAGGUAUCCAUUAACGAGAAACAUGUAUGAGAGAAUCUCGCAGUUGAUUAAGUUGGGAGACAAUUCUCAACAAAAGGCAGAUAGAUGCAAAUAA